AUGAGUUCCAAGGCGAACUGGAGCUCUCCCAGUGGGAUAGCGACCACCUUGCUCGAUGGCAACCCGAUCUCGAUUCUGAUCACAGUCACUCUGACGCUUCUCUUGCCUGUUUUGCUGCACUUGUUUCUCUAUCGCAAGGCCGUAAAUCCGCCUUCGUCGACGUUUCUCCUGUUGGGGCCGAGUGGCUCUGGGAAGACAGCCUUCCUCACAUUGCUUGAAUCGGCAUCCUCACGGCGAUCGAAUACAGCACCUCGCACGCACACGUCCCAAAAUGCAACGUCUACGACUGUCACGCUUCCCCCAUCCGUGCCAAUUGCCUCCAACCAGUAUCGAUCAGUCAACGAUCCCAGCUUGUCCGAGACGAAAAGGAACCCGGUCAAAUAUAUCGUGAAAGAUACCCCCGGCCAUGGAAAGCUACGUUCAUCACAGCUAUCGCAACUAGAGGCAAUUCUUUCGUCCAAAAAGGAGAAGUCGCCCAUCAGUGGAGUCAUUUUCUUUGUAGAUGCGGCAUCGCUGUCUGAUGCAGCAGAGGGCUUGAGAGAUUGUGCUACCUAUCUGCACGAUGUCCUGUUGCUCUUGCAAAAACUCGUCUUCAGUAACCAGAAACACGUUUCACAAGCGGCCUCCUCUGUUUCCGUCCUCGUGGCGGCAAACAAGCAAGACUUGUUUACCGCUUUGCCAGCUGGAUCUAUCAAGGAAAGGCUGGAGCAUGAAAUCGAGCGCAUCCGCAAGUCUCGCCAGAAGGGCUUGAUGGAUGCUAGCGCUGGCGCGGCGUCAAACGAAGAUGAAUAUGAAGUUCUGGGCACCAACGGGGAAGAAGAUUUCAGCUUUCAGCUCUUGGAAGAUGAGGUUGGUACCCAGGUUAGCGUCGUUGGAGGAGCGGUGGUCUCUGAGGAAGACACCGAGGCUGGCGCUGCUAUCCGCGGAUGGGAGGAGUGGAUUGGAGCGCGCUUAUAG